AUUUUUGUUUUUCAUCAUCAUUUACUGUUUAGGAUAGCCUUGAAUUCUUUAAGUGAGUUAAGUCUCAAUUUAUUAUUAUUUAAUAAGUAUUAACUUAGCUGUGAUGUAUUCGUAAAACUUAUCAACGUUUAUCAUUAGUUUUCUAUUAGUCGACUUAUAGAUACAUUCAGUUUACACUGCUGUUUGGUUUACCAUUGACGAACAAAAACUUCAAUUAUUUAGGGACCUUGCUUUGGAAUUUAUGCUCACAACUUUACGCGUCAAACACUGUUGUAUAGAUCAGCAUAAUCACCGAGUCGUUGCUGUCUUAUCAUAUUAAAUUGUUAACUUAACUUCGAUAGUGUAUUUUUCGUUGUAUAGUUCUUUAUACAACUGUUGAAAAAACACUACCGCGUCAACCUAACCUUCAUUAUUGAAGAAUCAGAUAUUUAUGAGCAGUUAUUUUCCACCUUCAGAACCAAAAAUGUUCAGUUUAGAGGGCGAUGAUAAAGCCAAUAGAGGAAUGUUAAAUAGUUUUCCAUCAGUUCCGUCUCCCUAUUUAAACUAUGACCCUCAACUUCUACCUCAGACGUCCCAGCCAGAAUAUAUAUUUCUGGAAGGCGCUGGUUCCAAGCAACGUGGACGUUUUGAAUUAUCAUUUACGGAAAUUGGAACAUCUUGUUUGAUUGGUGCUACAAUUGGUGGUAUACGUGGAAUAUACAGUGGUAUAAAAAUGACAUCAAUGGAAAAUCAAACUAGUACAUACAAUAGAACACAGAUCUUAAAUAGUGUUUUUAAAAAUGGAGCACGUCUGUCUAAUACAUUUGGAACUUUAUCUGUAUACUAUAGUAUCUUUGGUAUUAUAUUAGAAAAGACCCGGGGAUGUGAAGAUGAGCUUAAUACUAUUGUCGCAGGAACAAGUACUGGACUUUUAUUCAAGGCUACAAGUGGUCUUAGAAGAUGUGGCAUUGGUGGGUUGAUUGGAUUCAGCCUUGCUACAGCAUUUAGCUUAGUUACAUCAAGAGAUAAAAUUAAAGAAAUGGGAAGUAGCGUAUUUCAUUCCUAAAAUUGUUAACCAAAAUAAAAUGUUUGCAAAAAUAAAUGUUCAUAAUAGUUUUUUAGUUA